AUGGCCAACUUUGGUGGUCCUACUUUGCUCAAGCGCACUCUUGGCCUUCAAGAUGACAGAUACAGUCAAUAUAUUGGUCCCACGACCGACUUUGAACCUUCCCUGAUCAAUCUUUCCCCCUUCGACCCCCAGGAUGAGAGUCUUCUCGCUCGAGGGACUCUCCGGAAAGUCAGUGAUGAUGACACCUUUUUGAUGCUGCCCGACUAUGCCACCCCAGGAUAUGAACACCAAUUGGAGGACGUCGAAGCGAUUGAAAGACUCGUGGCGCCCAACGGUCGCAAACUGAUCGACCUAUAUUUUCAAGUCGUUCACCCUAGCUUUCCCAUUAUCCAGCGGAAUGUCUUCUAUGAACAGUAUGAGCGAGAUUAUCGGGAGUUCUCACCGGCGCUUCUGGCGGCCGUCUACAUCCUCGCAAUCAACUGGUGGGAUCAGUCCGAGGAGCUCUCCAAUCUCCCACGCCCAGAUGUCAAAGAAAUAGAGAGGAUCAUGCGCUCGGCUCUUACCGGCGCCUCGUGGCGACCGAAGCUCUCCACGGUUCAAGCCGGUCUUUUACUCUCGCAGAAGCCCGAAGGAGAUCAGUGGGCACCAACAGCGCAGUUGGUGGCAACUGCGCAAGAACUUGGUCUGCAUCUUGACUGUACCCAUUGGAAGAUACCACCGUGGGAGAAGGGCCUGAGAAAGAGACUUGCCUGGGCGUUGUACAUGCAGGAUAAGUGGGGAGCCCUCGUUCACGGCCGACCAUCUCACAUAUUUACGACGAAUUGGGUCGUACAGCCUUUGACCCCGAACGACUUUCCCGAAUUGGAGUGCGAUGAAAAUGACACGGAAGAGAAGCUGGAGAUUGAACGAGGCCGGACGCUGUUCACGCAGAUGGUGUACCUGUCUCAAGUCCUUUCAGAGAUUCUGGACACCUUCUACACGCUACAGGCCAUGCAGAACGUUGCCAACGCGGGGCCUCAGGGUACCCAUCUGGUGCUAUCGCUCGCGAAGCCGAUACAGUUGAAGUUGAAGGAGUGGUACGCCGCGAUUCCGGCAAAUAUCCGUAUGGACUCGUCAUUUCAGACGAACAACGUAUCAUCCACGCGACUUUCCAGCAUCGGUUACCUUCAUUUGGCGUACUUCGCGACUGAAAUCACGUUGCACCGCCGUAUCAUCCGUUCUCUGGCUGCCGACUCCCAAGCUGUGGAUGCUUAUGUUCAGCAUAUCUGUCGGAGUGCUGCGAAGGCUCGUCUCAUAUCCGCCAUGGACUUUGUCAACCGUCUGACACAUCAGCAUCUCCGAGCGUUUUGGUUCUUUGCCUCAAAAACCAACUUUGCGCUGAUUGGCACAUUUGGUUCCUUGCUGUGGGCCACUUCCCCGGGCCGAGAGGAGGCAGAUUGGUAUCGUCGUAGGCUGGGAGAGUACCGCUGGACUCUUAGCGUGAGCAGCAAGCCUGGAGAACGUAAGGGUUUGGCCGAGUUCGCAAUGGGAAUGCUAGAUAUCUCGACGGGACUUCUCAAGAAACUCCCUGAGAAACCAGAGCUUUCUCGCAGCGGAAGUACCGCCGAAAUGGACCUUGGCCGAAGACACAGCCUACUCUCGAUGGGACUCGGUGGCGGCCCAAUGGAGUUUCAGAGUAUGGGCAGUGCUGAUGUCAGUGGUGGCCAAAGCCCCGAGAGUUAUGACAGCAGCGAGGAGAUGUACGACAAUUUUGCGCCGACGGGCGGUAUUGCAUCGCGCAGUUAG